CCACCUCAGAAUCUCAGAUCAUCGCGGAUGUCGCCGCUCGCACCGUCCUUCGCCCUCUUCUGAUCUUCGCGGAGGCGCUACGGGACGUCUUCGUGAUGCUAUGCCUCUCGCCGAUGGCCCUCCGAAACCGUCGCCAUGGAACUGCCCCGGAUCGCCUCUCAGACUUCCAUCUUCCCGCCCGCCAUUCCCGGCAUCCAGCUGAUGACCGGCUAUCAAAAACCAAAGAGUCCCGCUAAAACACCGGUUAGUCAAAAGCUGUUGACGGUUCCCAAACCUGCAGCUGAACCACAGUUCGCUGUUCUUCCUUCUUCUGCUUCUUAUCAACCAAGUCGAAGACGUGAGGAAGCCUUCGCCCUUCAAAACCUACGAAGAAGACUUCAGACUGUUAGAGUUCUGAAAGCUAAUAGAGCUGAGCCCAUCGAAGCUUCAUGUGCCAAUAAUAAUCUUAGUCCCGAAGAACUAGAUAAUAGGCCUUAUUUGCUAAAAAAGGUAUUUACUUACUUAUUACUCGAUUCAACGAUUGUUCACUAA